AUGAGCGUGGAUGCAUUGGGAAGCCCCGUGAUGGACCCUACGUUUUCCAAACGGAACACGGCGCUGAGAUUAGUUGACUUGGCAGGGGCUCACCACCAUCACCAUCAUCACCACCAUACCCCUCAGAGCGUGACAGGCUUCCCGGGGUUCAGCAGCCAUCCACACUCAAUGGCUCACUCGCACCCUGGGGAGAUUACUGCGGAACCCCGCCUGGGGCCGAGUCCAUUCGGGCCAGAACACAUGGGGCACUCCGCGGCCCUCAAAAUCAGCCCAGCCCAUCAUUAUCCCCACCACCACAAUCAUCAUAUGGCAGGCCACAGUGAAGUGGUCUCCAGUCAAACGGGAGCUUUUGGCCCGGUUCAGGCGACAUCGGUCCCCUAUCCCAUGUCUCACACGGCCCAGGCUUUAUCCGCAGGUAGGGAUUUCCUCAUCCGGAGAGAUCUGACAGCUCAAGCCAUGCCAGUACUGACUGACCAGACUUCUUCAGCCUCUCACCACGGAAUGUUUGUCUCAACAACAGGUAGCUAUCCCGGACACUAUGGUCAUCACCCUGACGCUGGGAACCAUACCCUCUUCUCCGGACUCCAUCACGACCAGUCUUCUAGCGCAUCACCGGGUGGCCAGGCAUUGAAUGGACAAAUAAGGUUAGGACUACCUGGAGAAAUGUAUGUUAGGUCUGAUCACUUGAGUCAAGUGGCAAGCUCCAGGGCUGAUCCGUUCUCUGCCUCGCCGUUGCAUGGCUACGGUGGUCUGAAUCUGAACAUGAAUCUUAGCGCUCACCACCACCACCACGGAGCCGGUGCCUUUUUCCGCUACAUGAGGCAGCCGAUAAAGCAAGAGCUUAUUUGCAAGUGGCUGGAGCCGGAGCACUCGCCGAAGAAACUUUGCUCCAAAACUUACAGCACGAUGCACGAACUCGUAACGCAUGUGACGGUAGAGCACGUUGGAGGACCAGAGCAGGCGAACCAUAUAUGUUUUUGGGAAGAGUGUCCGAGGGAAGGCAAACCAUUUAAAGCCAAGUACAAACUUGUAAAUCACAUUCGAGUGCACACCGGGGAGAAACCGUUUCCAUGCCCAUUCCCUGGCUGUGGGAAAGUGUUUGCAAGAUCCGAGAAUCUUAAGAUUCACAAAAGGACGCAUACAGGUGAGAAACCCUUCAAAUGUGAGUUUGACGGCUGCGACAGACGCUUCGCCAACAGUAGCGACCGGAAAAAGCACUCCCACGUCCACACCAGCGAUAAGCCUUACAACUGCAAAGUGAGAGGCUGUGACAAGUCUUACACACACCCCAGCUCCCUGAGGAAACACAUGAAGGUGCACUGCAAGUCCCCCCCUCCCAGUUCAGGCUACGAGUCGUCCACCCCGUCCCUGGUCUCCCCUUCCUCAGACUUGGGCCGGGAGCCAGGAGGCUCCUCGGUGAUGUCGGAGCCGGUGGGAGCCUCCCAGCCCGCGAAUUUAAGUGAAUGGUACGUGUGCCACAGUUCAGGUGCCAGUGGCGCCCAAACACCGCCCAGCGGCCCCUCUACACCCGACCCCACAGACGAGCCACCUUACAGAAACCCAGAACCGAGGGAUGCGUUUUAA